AUGGACCGUGACGCUCAAUAUAUCGGAGACAUGCUCGAAUCCAAUACUAAAUUCAGAUCUCAAUUUGACCCCAAUAGUGAAGACUACCACGGCGGUGACCAACGACCUGUUCCAAUAGGCGGGCACAGAGUUCCCGAUUCCAUGCCUGAAGAAUUCCCAUCUCAGCCAACCCAUGAGGUAAUCCCUGACGAUCCUCAGUAUCAGCUUACCUUAAAUGCCCGCCAAACUCUUCAAGAGUUCAAAAAGGUUGCAUCUCAGGUAUUACCUUCAAUUGAAGCCAAAGUCAGAGCUCACCAAUUAAAAGACCAAGAAAAACGAGAUACUGCUUUAGCUGAAGGAAACAAUAGGUUGAAUACAGUUCUUGAAGAAUUUGCAGCCUAUAAAGAAAGAUUGGCUGCCUUUGGAAGUGUCCUUGAAAAUUAUGAUGGCCAGAUUGACCAAGUUAUUGCUGGAGCAAGAGUUGAGUAUGAGACAAAGGAAAGCUAUGGGGAAUAUAUGCUCCAGACUAAUAUUUUCUUGAAGAAAAUAUUCCAUGAUAUUCAAGCGCUGCUGCAGAGGAUUAAAGAGAUAAAAAAAGCUGCAGCUGCGAAAGUUCAGUAA